AUGCUCGCUUUCAAGAGCAUUCUUCUCCUCGCCUUCACGUGGGCUCUGGCGGCCACCGCCCUGCCGGUUUCCGAUGGGGGCAAUCCCAAGCAGCCUAUUAUUUUACUCCCAGGCCAGGUGGUUUUGAGAGACCUUUCAAAGUUGGAUCAGGCUGUUAUGCGUUUGACUUUUAAAAUCAAUGAUAAGGAAGGUUCAUUCAAGAAAGUAAAACCAAUAGUCGAUGCGUUCAGGGCGGUCGACAAAGCGAACCGAAGGGCAAUUGAGGAUGUACAGACCGUAUCGGAGACUAUAGAUAUUGACAGCUCUCAAAAGAUCGCCUCUCUCCUUACCAAGGAUGUUGCGGUCGAUGUCCGACGUGCUGUGAAGGCUGUGAUGAAGAAGAAGACCAAAUUUGAGGCGGUUGAGGCGAGAGAUUUGGUUUUGAACGCCUUGAAGAGGAUGAAGAAUGAUCAUGAUAACUUCAGUGCAAAGCUCAUGGAGAAGAUGGACAACUCGACAUUGGUGGAUGGAAACGCUGCAGUUGCGUCUAUCAGUAAGGCUUUAGAUGAAGGCAUUGAGAGGUUCUCUCGACGAAGUUCAGAGGUUCACCCAAUGGAGGAUGAUGGUGCAGAGAGCGAUUCUGAAUAG